ACCUUGGCAACCGGUAAAAUAAAAUAUCGUUACAAAUGUAUUCUUCAUUCUGUUUUUAAAACUCGUCAAGUAUUGGCUUUGUAAACAAAAAUUUAAAAAAUGGAUGAAAAAGUAAUAGAUUCAAUUUUUUCUGGUUCACUUUAAAGUUUGCCGCCUGUGAGUUCUAAAAUAGUUCGUAUUUUUACGAGUUCGACAUUUACAGAUACAAAAAUGGGGAGAAAUACAUUGAUGGUUCAAUGUUAUCCUAAAUUAAAAGAUUAUUGUCGUGAAAAAUAUGGAUUUGAAUUUCAGGUAGUUGAUAUGAGAUGGGGUGUCCGUGAUGAAGCAACUGAUGACCACAUGACUACAGAACUCUGUAUGAGAGAGAUUGAACAUUGCCAGCGGCUUUCAAUGGGCCCAAACUUUGUUGUUUUUUUAGGACAAAAGUAUAGGUAUCGUCCAAUUCCAACAUACGUGUUGAGUUCAGAAUUAGAUAUGAUCCCUAUCCGAAAAUUCCCAUAGAAUCUACUCAACUGCGACAAAAACCGCAUAGAAUCCUAUAGACUGUAUUGGUUUCUAUGCGGUUUUUGUCGCAUGUGAUUGGAUUUUAUGGGAAUUUUUGGAUAGGGAUGAUUUAGAAAGUCAAGGUACGGAUGUCGAAGUUUUUUAAACCUAUGGUACAAGAAAGACAGUAAUGCACUACCACCUACUAGUAUUUUGCAACCUAUUUCUUCGAUUCUUAAAAAUUUUAAUAAUAAAAGAAUUCCAAAGCUUCAGCAAGAAGAUCUAGCAGCAUGGUGGGACACGAUGCUCAAUCGCUUUAUAAUUCAGGGAAAUUUGAUAAUGAUACUAUGCAUAAUUAUUUCAUGUUUGUAAUAUCAAUGUUCAACAAAACAGAUGAAUAUGUAUUUUAUUAUCAUAGUGGUAGAAAAACAAUUAGAGACUUCCGAUCAUCUGAUUGUGAAAUGAUUGCCAAUUAUCGUGUAACAGCAGAAUUAAGCGCCGUUGAUAGUACUUAUGAUGGCAGAAGUAUUGUAUUGGGUACAGUAGAUGGAUGUUUAUCUGUUUUGGCUAUUGCUGACCCACAAAAAUGUGAUAUGAAACAUUAUCUCGAAGAAUUACCAUUUAGAGAUGAAAAGUGGAAGUCAAAAAUGGAGAAACAAAAAAUGACCAUAAAAUUUAAAGCAGUGACGAGAAUCGCAAGAAUUACAUACAAUUUACAAAAUCGUAUAGCGCAAAAAAUAGCAGUAAUUUAGAAGAGGAAGAAGAUAAUUCUGAUUAUGAAGAAAUGAGAAAAAAUGGUCUCAGAGAUUGAGGAGAUAUUUAAAAUAUCUGAAUAUUAAUAAAUCUAGUCUUCAUUCUUCAUAGUAAAGAAAAAAGUUACCACAGCAAGUUUAUUUAUUUAUUUAUUGUUAUUUGGCCAUGGAGUCUAGGAUCCUUGCGGCCAUCACGGAUACAAAUUAUUUAAUACAAAAAGUAUAUAGCAUAAAUAUAUAAUCAUAUAUAAAAAUAAAUAUAAAAAGUAAAAAUACAAAUGUAAUCUACGUUUACAGUAAUAUUGCCCUAUCAUCAUCACAACAAUAUCAU